UGGGGCUGCCGAGAGAGCCGCCGGCGUGGGCCACCCUCCCGGGGCCAGGGCCCACCCGCGGCCGUGGUGCGCCGCUCCCCGCCUUCGGCUCCGCCCCGCGUGGUCGGCGCCUGGGGUGAAGCUGAGACCCAGGGAGGCUCCACUGAGCACCUGGGCCGCCACCCGCAGACCAUGUUCCUGGCGCGUCUGACGUCUCAGCUGCUGCGGGUCGCGCCCCAGGCAGGCCUCCGUGGGCCCUGGCCCGUCUCAGGGGUGCGGGGAAGCAAUGCCUGCAGGCCCCGCUACAGCAUGCAACCAGCAGGCCCGAGUAGGGUUGCCGUCCUCCCGGGCAAGGGGGUCCAGCUGGAGCUCGAGGAGAUGCUGGUCCCCAGGAAGAUGUCCAUCAGUCCCCUGGAGAGCUGGCUGACCGCCCACUACCUCCUGCCCAGACUGGAUGCUGGGGUCCCAGGGACUGUGGCGCCGGCCCAGGCCUACGAGUGUCCGCCUGGCCAGGUGGGGGGAGGAGCCGAGCAGGGGCGUGAGGAGGUGCAGGAUGCACCCCAGAUUCGGUGCAAAAACGUGCUGAAGAUCCGCCGGCGGAAGAUGAACCAUCAUAAGUACCGCAAGCUGGUCAAGAGGACCCGAUUUCUGAGGCGGAGGGUCCGGGAAGGACGCCUGAAACGGAAGCAGGUGAGGUUCGAGAAGGACCUGAAGCGCAUCUGGCUGAAGGCGUGCCUGAAGGAAGCCCCUCCCGGCUGGCAGACCCCCAAGAUCUACCUCAGGGGCAAGUGAGUGCGGGCGCCCCUGCCCCGGCGCUGCUGCUGUUCUCUUGUAAUAAACGUUGACGAGCUCCGCUGAAAAAAAAA